AGUUGCAGCCCACGGCCUACCAACAUGUUUCUCCGUGUGUUAGAGGUGAUUUAUUUCUUGUAUUUCGCCUCUCACAUCCCUAUCACCUUAUGCAUUGACCUCCAGGCCCUGCUGCCUGCACAGGUGUACCCACAGUGGCUGAAGUAUCUUGUGCAGUGGUACGCAGGUGCGUUCAGGGACCCCAUGGUUGUGGCCCCUCCAGCCUGGUUCGGCUCCUUCAUUGUGUGUGAGGCUCUGCUGCAGCUGCCGUUCUUUCCUGUUGCUGCCUAUGCUUUCUGGAAAGGAGGCUGCAGGUGGAUCAGGACUCCUGCGAUUGUUUACUCCACACAUGUGGCCACCACAUUGGUUCCGAUCCUGGCCCACAUCCUCUUCUAUUCGUUCCCUUCAGAACCACACCUGGGACCCCAGACCAUGCAGGAGCGCUGGUUUCUGGUCUCCAUAUAUGCACCAUACCUAAUUAUACCUGUGAUGUUGCUCCUCACCAUGCUGCUGUCCUCCACAUACAACCACACCUCCACAUCUGGAAACACAUCAGUCAAAGCCAAGAAGAACUGAAACAGCCUUCAGUUCACUAAGAUUUUAGAUUAUAUUCUAUUUUUCUGAUAGCACUUGUUGUAUUAGAUUGUCUGAGUGGGUUUUAAUUUUCCUGAGAGAUAUUUUCACGCAUAAAAUGUUCACAUGGUACACACACUAAUAUACAUUUUCCUGUGAAAAGUGACAAAACCCAAUAAAUUCAAAUUGUGUUCACAUGGGGCCAACAGUGUUAUUGUAAAAAUGUUCAUGUCAUACCUAUCAGUGCAUAUUUUACAUGUUGAUAUUGAUAAUAAUCAUCAUAAAUGGCAAGUCAGUUUCUUUCAAUUUGGACAGAGCUGAGUUUUAAUAUGAAAAUGUUCACUAUUGCAAUAUAAAUGUUCUGUUAUCACUA